AAUGAUUAAUGAUGGAGGCGAUGAGCACGGCACGGCACAGCACAAAACGGCACAGGCACAGGCACAGGGACACGGGAGGUAGCGCAGAGAGAUAUGGAGGGGCGGGGGGAAGAGGGAGGGAGAGGAUGGAGGUGGAAUGUGUUGGAGGAGGAGGAGGAGGAGGAGGAGGAGGAGGAGGAGGAGGAGGAGGAGGAGGAGGAGGAGGAGGAGGAGGAGGAGGAGGAGGAGGAGGAGGAGGAAGGGAGGGAAGGCAGGGCAGAGCUUCUGAGUGGACUCCAAAGCAUAUGCUGCAGGAGGAAGAGAAGGAGGGGAAGGCAGGGAAGUGCAACGGCACACAAGCAAGAGCAAGAGCAAGCGAAAGAGCAACUCCAGCAAUGGGCGUGGGGUAGGUGAGUAGCACAGCACUGACCAA